AUGGCGCGUGCUGCCAGCUACCAAUAUGUGUGCCAGGAACCCAAUGGGCAGGACAUGACUGUGGUGCGCCCUGGAUCUCCGUGCCACAAGCGCCACCGGCCCGGACAAGGGUGUGCGCACGGGCCACCAGGCGACCGGGGACUCGGCUCCGCCCAAUCCGGAGUUCACGGCUCGCGAACUGCGGGCCGCUCCGUACCAAACGCAGGCGGCUCGUCGUCUGGACCUUCUCGGCUACCGUCCGUCCUGCAGCCCGUCGCCCCCGACCCCCACUACCAGACUCCACCGCCGCAAGCCCUGAGGGCUUCGGCCACGCUGGCCCUACCUGCCGAGUUCCGCCGCACAGCCGAUCCUCGCCGUCCAGGCCCCGCCCCGCGCCGGCCGCUCUCCCCGGGCCGCCUCACCCCACUCCUGAGCGCUCGCGCCUCCCGCUUCUGCCCCAGCUCCUGCCGAAGCCUGGCCCUCCUGUGGAGCUUCUUCUACCUCCUGUUCUUCCACACCCUCAGCCUGCUGGGCCUGCUGACUCCCGUACACACCUGUACAACCCAGCUGCUGUUGACACUGAAGGCCCUCCCCUGCUGCGGGGAGCGCCUCCAGCUGUCCGCAGGCAGCCUUUGCUGUGGGGGCUCUGAGCGCCCUACUGCAGCCCUGAGGGAGGUGCCGCUGACCGCUCUGCCUGCCCGCCCCCAGCUGCAAGACGCCCGCCCUGGGGCUGCUGCCCGAAGUUCCCUCCUUGAUGGAGACGCUGAGCUACAGCUACUGCUACGUGGGGAUCAUGACAGUCUGGAGAAGGCGGCUGCCCUGGAGUACGACUACGAGACCAUCCGCAACAUCGACUGCUACAACACAGACUUCUGCAUGCGUGUGCGGGAGGGCAUGCGGUACUGGAACAUGACGGUGCAGUGGUGGCUGGCACAGUACAUCUACAAGAGCGCGCCUGCCCGCUCCUACGUCCUGAGGAGCACCUGGACCUUGCUGCUGAGCGCCUACUGGCACGGCCUGCACCCAGGCUACUAUCUCAGCUUCCUGACGAUGCCACUGUGCCUGGCUGCUGAGGGCUGUUUGGAAUCAGCCCUUCGGGGGUGGCUGAGCCCCAGGGGCCAGAAAGCCUGGUAUUGGGUGCAUUGGUUCCUGAAGAUGUGUGCCUAUGAGUACAUGUGCAUGGGCUUCGAGCUCCUCUCCGUGGAUGACAUACUCCGGUGCCUUCCUGAAAGAGUUAAAGACAUCAUAUUACAAAGCUGCCAGGAACGGUCUCCUCUCCUCACGGGUUGUCAGCUACCUGUGCUCAGUCUUCGCCAUUGGCCUCCUCUGCCGACUCUGCACCCUGCACCAGUCAGCGACACCCACAUCCUGACCCUGGAAGGGGAGGAGGGAGCGGUGGUGGUGCAGCCGCCUUCUCAAGAAUCCCGAGUCUUGCUCUGUGCUCCUACCUCUGCGUUACAGUCUGUCUGCUAGGAUGCUUCUGGGACCACUGAGAGACCACCGACUCCCACACCUGACUCUGACCUCUGACCCCGUCCUCUCUGAGGUCUUCAAGGCCCUCAGGGCUGUAAACCCAGGACCUCUCCAGCAGGAAUGGGAGGACGAGGCCUGGGAGUUUGAUCAAUCUUGAUCCUUCUGUGCUGCUGGGGAGCUGAAGCUGAAGCAUCCAUCCUCUGACCUCAUAGUCUGAGUCCUAGGGGUCCCGGGGAGGGGGCUGCUGCUUCACCAAUGAGUCAUGCCUAGCACCAUGACUGCACAUGAUGAGGGCCCAGUGGGCAUGGCUGGGUGGCAUGGACAAUGGCAGGAGGACACUGUGACCAUGACAGGAGGUCUGCAAGAGGAAGGGGCUUGUCUGUCCCAGCCUGUAAGUUUCUGUAGAGACAGAGCUGGGUCCAGGGAGCUGACAGUCAGGACUCAGCGCAUCUCUGCUGUCGUCCACCUGCAGCAGGAACCUGCAUCUUCCCCGAGCAUCUCCAGGGCUGAGGAGGACUGCCAGGGUGAGAAGAACCGUGCUGUGAAGAUGGACGGGCUGAGGGAGGGAGGAGCCCGUGGGAGGCUGUGAAAGGAAGGACCAGCCCAGGGCAACCAUGGGCUGGAAGGGGCCAGCUCAGGAUGGCUCCGGGUCUCUUUGCGCCCAGGUCAAGGGACCAGAGGAGGACAGAUCAGGAAGACAGAGUGGGUAAGUGAGACCUCAUCCUGUCUGAAGUGUCUGGAGGAGCAUAUGCUCACCCUGCAUCCAGGCUAGGAAACAAGAGCCAGCGUGCAGGGGACUGUGGUGGUCUCACGACCCCCGAGGGAAGCCAAGCCUCGGAGACUCCAAAUUUGGGAGACAAAGGCGUUUAUUUCAGGCCUGGCUGACGCAGACUCUUGGGAUCGAUUCCGAGAAUGCGCGCCUCACAGACUAAGCACUCUGAAUUUAAGCACAAAAACCGCAAAAAGGGAGGGGAUGGGGUGAUAGGAAAGCAGAUCAGGCAGGUGGUGCUUUGCUCAGUUGCACAAGGACAGCUGGUUCUUUCAUUAUGUCCUUUUAAGGGAACAUUAUUUUGGUCUAACACAACAUGUUUAUCAGCACAGCAUAACAGUCAGGUCACAAAGACCCAAGAGAAAUUCCACAGCAUAACAUGUUUAUCAUGGCUACUCAGGCGCAUACAGAACAGCAGUGUGGCGCAAGGUUAUAACAGGGACGGCCGUUCCCCAUCCUCUGGGGCUGCUGAUGUGACAUC